UCGCGUUCCAUUGUUGCGUCAGAGCCAGAGUACGUCGGGCGGCGUCGUGACGCACACUCAGCCAGUUAGCAGGUAGUUGUCCCGAGGUUCGCUAGACCUAGCACUGUUGUCACAGCCAACCGUGUCAUUCGACCACCGGGCGGCGUCUGUGAAUUCGUCUCGAAAGGAACAGCAGCAUCGAAAUGUCGCGCCUCGCGGUGGCGUUACUUCUGAUUUGUCUCCACGCGGGAUCUGUUUACGGAAUCGAUUGCAGCUAUGCAACCUCUAAGAGUUUUUUCGAAGACGUAUUAACUACAUGCCCAAGACUGACAGAUGCACGAGACAAAACAUAUUGCUGCAUUGAUAUCACUAAUGAGAGAGCCUAUUGCUGCAAUGCCGAGGAGUUUGCGCUGCAGGCUGGAAGCAUUUUAAUUCCGGCAAUAAUUGGAGUGGUUGUAGUCAUUGGACUAAUGGUAUGCUGCAUAUCUUGCCUCUGCUGCAGCUGUUGCCCCUGGUAUCGCCGUCGUCAAGGCACCGUCUAUGGAAAUCUUCAAGCACCUGUAGUGCAAGUAAUUCAGCCCCAGGCGAACAUUCCACCAAGUUACAUCAGCCAACCUGCUCAAAACUAUGCGCCACCAUAUCCAACAGGCUCGACAGGGAUGGCGCAACCCCCACCGUACACUAAUGAAGCAUAUGCUAAACAAGCUCCGUACAAUCCUAAUUAUCUGCCAUCACAGUGAUAAUUAUCGAUGAAAAAUUUAUAAUGGUCCUCUCCAUUGUUUACGCGGUGAUCAUCGUUAGCCUCAAAUUUAUACAACAGAAUAUGUCAUUUAUGUGUUGUCUUACCACAAUCGUAAUUCAUGAAUGAUUGUCAUCCAUAAACACUCGCAGAAAUUUUUACUUUUUACAGUUGUAUGUUUUUCUUGGUUGAUACAAAAUGUAUUCUAAAAAAAAAUAGUUUAUAAAUCCGUUUUUUUUACAAAAACGGACAGAACAAAUUUUGUGAAAUACUCUCGAAGAAAUAUGAAUUUAUAUAAUAAAGAAAAAAAUAAAUUAUUAAAAAAAAAUUGUAUAAGCACUAAAAUAUUUUCUUGAUACAACUUUAUCCAUUAUUGUAGAUAAAAUUAAUGUUCCACAUAAGUUUUAUUAAUCUUGUAUCUUUAAAAAUUGUAACGAUAUACUGAAUUCUGAAACAAUAAGAGUCCUUUAAACAGGAA